CAAUUCACCGGCCUGACUCGGUGUUGCAGAGUGUGUAAAGUCAGUGUGCACUCUCCUGUGUGUGCAUGUCUGUGGUGUGUGUGCUUGUAUAUGUAUGUGUGUGCAAGAGAGAGAGCGUGUAGGUGAAAGGAACUGCAAGAACAAGCAAGCACGUGGGUGCACACUCCUAUAAUAGAUAGAUAGAUAGAUAGAUAGAUAGAUAGAUAGAUAGAUAGAUAGAUAGAUAGAUAGAUAGAUAGAUAGAUAGAUAGAUAGAUAGAUAGAUAGAUAGAUAGAUAGAUAGAAGGAAGACGGAAGAUAGAACUGCAAGAAGCACAGGCAAAGAAAAAGAAACAAGAGAAAAGAUAGAGAUACAGAGUACAAUGGACGCCUAUGCCCUGUCCUUUUGGAUUUACAUGGGAGUGUUGUCUGUGUUUGUCGGAGGCACGCUGAAGAAGUUCCUGGCAAAACACGUCAGUGCCGUGCCCUCGCUCGUGGCAUGGCUGGGUGCCACGCUGCUGGUGGAGAGACUGUGUGCUAUAUGCAUGCCUGCUGUGCUGGCACUUGCUGUCUUCUGUGCCACCUGUUGGCUCUACUCGCUCUGGGCUGCCCCACCACUGGUCCUGCCUGUUGAGGGCAAAGCGGUUUUCAUCACAGGGUGUGACUCAGGGUUUGGGCAUGCCACAGCAAGGCGUCUGGACGCUAUGGGAUUCCAGGUGUUCGCCACGGUAUUGGACGCAGAUGGUGAGGGGGCAAAGCGUCUGAGGAGUACCUGCUCUUCUCGUUUGACCUUGUUCCAAGUGGACAUCACUCAGCCACAGCAGGUUCAGCAGGCUCUGCUCAACACCAAGGCCAAGCUGGGCAUGAAAGGACUGUGGGCUCUGGUGAAUAACGCAGGAGUGUGUGUGAACUUCGGAGACGCAGAGCUCUCCCUCAUGUCAAACUACAGAGGCUGCAUGGAGGUGAAUUUCUUCGGAACCCUCUGUGUCACCAAGACCUUCCUCCCUCUGCUGAGACGAAACAAAGGCCGAAUACUGACCAUCUCCAGUCCAUCUGGUGAGCAGCCCUUCCCAUGUCUGGCAUCCUACGGGGCCUCAAAGGCGGCACUAAACCUCUUUGUUAACACUCUUCGUCAUGAGUUGGAGCCAUGGGGGGUCAAAGUGUCCACUAUUUUUCCUUCUGCCUUUAAAACAGGACAGAGCAGUAACACUGAGUACUGGGAGAAACAGUACCAGCACCUCCUUCAGAACCUGUCGCCGAGCCUUUUAGAAGAGUAUGGUGAAGACUAUGUCAUGGAGACCAAGGAACUCUUCCAGAAUUAUGCCAAAUUAGCCAGCGAGGACCUGAGUCCGGUCGUUAACACCAUCGUGGAGGCUCUCCUCUCGCCGCAGCCUCAGGUACGCUACUAUGCUGGGCCUGGCGUCGGGCUCAUGUACUUCAUCUACAGCUACUUCCCACUGAGUGUCAGUGACAGGUUCCUGCAAAAGAUCUUUCUAAAGAAGAAGGUGGUGCCACAUGCACUCAGGAAACAGAAUGAGCUGAACCGCAUCAAGGACAACAACAACGACAUCAUCAGCAACAACAAUAACAUCUCUAGGAUAGAGUAAAUCUGUUGUAACUCCAUGUAAAUAAAAGAUGCUAGAGGACCACUGAUGUAAUCCAAUCAUAGUGACCCAAUGCCGAUAUGUGUACUUGUAUUUGUGUUGUUUUAUAUAAUGUAUAAUGCAUUAUGGGCUUUUUGUCAUAAUUUUGAAGGGAUUGUUGAAUAGCUUUGCUUUCUGAGUAACUAUUGAAUACUAUUUUAAUAGAAAUUCAAAUUUGGCUUCGCCUUAAUAUCAGCUGAUGCAUUCCCUCCAAACUUUUGUUGGUAAUAUUAAAUUUCACUAUGUGAUAACACUAGAUGUGUAUAGUUCAUACACCUUCCAGUUUUCUUUAUUACUUUAGUUCCUUCACAGAUAACAGACUUUAUUUUUCCUUCAAAAGACUUUGGAUUAACAACCUACACCACUAAUCACAAUCUCACCUCAGGUUCAUACAGCACAUACAAUUGCUGCUACUCAGUGUAAAAUCACUUCACGGUUCUAUUGUAUGUUCAAAAAACAUGUCCGCACAUAGUCAUAAUGUCCCAAUCUCCUGUAAAUAAUUCAUAUUUUUGAUGGAAAGAUCAAGCAAAGCCCUACUAUAUUCUUCAACUUUUAUUUUUUGUUUGGUUUGUUAUUUUUCACACCAUUAUUGCUACAAAUCAAAAUAUUUAUUCCUGUUUCUUUAUGAAUCACUUAAACUGUGAAUUUUUAUACAAAAAAAAAAUUACAAGAAAGAAAGAAAUGUAAAUUGUCCAUUUGUUCAUCCUUGAAUUGAAUUAAAGUUGACAUUUUAAAGAA